AUGGAGCUUGUCAACCUGAGCAUAGUCCAGCACGCACCGCAGACAGUAAGCUCCAUUUUGCAAGAUGACAAGAUAAUGCAAGUGUGUCAGGUCAAUGGUUUCUUUCGGGAGUACAUCAUCUCGCGGCCUAUGGAAGACAACCAUGUCUUUUGGCUGGAGGGCCAUUAUUGCAGCAUGAACACACUGCGCGCAGGACGGCACAUGGUUAUCGGGAGAAGCUGGGACAGAGAUGCCAAUGUGUUGAGCAGCAUCGACUUCUCACGUCUACGGUCACUAACAGUUUUUGGUAAAUGGGAAAGGUUCUUCAUGUCCGCUAACAUGAAGCUUCUCAGGGCACUGGAUCUGGAGGAUGUGUCAGGUUUAGUAGAUGGCGACCUUGAGCAAAUCGGUAAGGUACUGCCUCGACUCAAGUUCCUCUCCCUGCGAGGAUGCAAGAUGAUCCAUCGUCUUCCCAAGUCCUUGGGUCGCCUGAGGCAGCUCCAGACCCUGGAUAUCAGACACACCUCUGUUGUCGCGCUGCCAUCAAGCAUCGUCAAGCUACAGAAGCUCCAGUAUGUUCGUGCCGGGACCACGGCACCGAGCAGCGGAAAGCAGCCACCUUCUUCCGUGUCCUGGCUGUCCAUGUUACGCCGACGGCAACUUGCUGGUGGAACUCGUAAUGCUGGAGUCGAGGUGCCUGGAGGGAUCGGGCAACUCACGGCCUUGCACACGCUGGGUGUUGUCAAUUUCAAUGCUGUUGGUGGGAAGGCCACUGUAGAAGAGCUCAAGAACCUGACCCAACUGCACAAGCUCGGAGUAUAUGGGAUCAACAGGCGAAACAGCGAGCGUUUCUUUUCUGCCAUCGCAAAUCACGGCCAUUUGGAGUCCUUGUCACCGUGGCUCGACAAGGACAAUAUUGCAGGUUGUCUUGAUGGCAGUUCCCCGCCUCUGAAGAACCUGCAGUGCCUUAAGUUGUAUGGUUAUUAUCCCAGCACGUUACCUGCGUGGUUCGAGCAGCUUCACAAUCUCACAAGACUGACUGUUCAGGUGACUACGGUAGACGAAGAGAGCAUUCAUGCCAUGACCGACCUGCCGAAGCUACGUAUUCUACAGCUUUAUGUUCAUCGUGGUGAUGAAAAUGGUCGCCUCUCUUUCUUAGAGAGCCAGCGACUCGAGGUCCUCGAGGUAUUUUGCUGCACCAGCUUGCAUCUUCAGUUUGAUAGUCACUACAAGAAAUCCAGAUACUUUCGGCGGCCAAAAACCGCCGAAAAUAAGCUACUACCGCCGAAAACAGGUAAUUUUCGGCGGCUUUUAGCUAAUUUUCGGCGGGAUUUGGAUGCCGGAAAUGGACAGCCGAAAAUUAGCACAAUUUUCGGCGGCCCCGCCGAAAGUUGA